GCCUUUUCGUCGUUCCAUGCUGGUAGCAUAUUCGUCUUUCCACUCGCAAUUCCCAUCAGAUUGAUAACCUUAGGGAGAAGAAAUCACAUUGGCAUCGAAUAUCUAAUACGCAUCACGCUUGCUAAGUAUUCACGAGGAAAUAGUAUGCCGAGAAAAUAUGAUCAGCCACUCCUCGAUCACGAUGUCGACGAUGAAAACUUAGAAAACUCCAUCUUGGUUAAUUCAGGCAAUAGAAAUCGAUUUCUAAUGGCUUCGCUUUUCUCGAACGCUCUUUUAUUAUUUACUUGCGGUCUUCUAGGUGGGGCUGUAUUUUUUCUCUCAAGUCCAAAAUAUAAUCAACAAAGCUUGUCGAGUAGCCAGAUCGUUGAGCCUUACUGCAAGUCCAAUCUACUUGAGACCUGACUGUCUUGAUUUUGCUAAUGCUUCCCAAGCCCCCGCCAAUACUUUCAUAGAGUAUGAAUACCGUCGGAUGAUAACGAACGAUACUAGAUUUACAGGAUAUCCUGGACCGGAGUGGGAGAACUCCAUGCAUAGGCUAUUGACAGGGACCCUUAUACGGAUCUCAGACGAUGAGCUAAAGCUACUCAACACCGAAUCAAUACCAUUUGAAGGCGGUGGAUAUGCCGCAGGACUUGGAGUUGCACAUAAUCUUCACUGCAUAAAACAAAUUAAGAAGUUCCUAUAUGGUGAACAUUUCUACGCCGGGCUGGACCCAAACGGCGAGGAAUACAAAUACCUUCAAGAACAUGCUGGUUAGCAACCACCCCAAUACUUGGUCCUUUCCAUCAUUUUUGACCUAAAGAUGCUAACUCGCUGUAAUGUCCAUAUGAUUAGAUCAUUGUCUGGACUACUUGCGUCAGAGCAUUAUGUGCCACUUGGAUUUUACCUUGUAUACGCUGUAUUGGGAUAAGGAGACACGAGAUAAACCAGUGCAUCACGAACCAGGAAUACAGAAAUGUGUAAGCUGGGACAAGCUGCACGCUUGGAUGCUGGAAAGGCAAGCGAAUACAGAUAUGUUAGUGGGACCAUGAGAUCGGUUACAAUAGAUUCUAGACUUGAAAUUAGAUAAAGCCAUUUUAGCAAAAGCUAUCCCAUCGGGCAACGUCAGCGUCGUCUGUAUUACAUGGAUGCUAACUCGA